AUGGAGGAAGUACAUGAUCACGAUGCAGAAUGGCUGGCACGCGCGAAUCUCCUCCUCCAGUGGGUCACGCCCGAAUUGAUGGACCGUGAGAUGUUGAGAGACCUAGUUGAAGAUGCUAGCCUUUUGACUACACGCAGCAAUGAAAUAAGUCUCACACUUUGGGUGUUGCAGUACAUCUACAACAUUGCUGAAUUGGUCGGGGAUCCCGUGUUCGGGCACACCAAUUCUACAGCAAACAGUAACCAUUCUCCAAGCGCACAGGCAGGCUUGUCACAACCCAUCACCUCAGCGGUCGAAGCAUCCAGAAACACCAGCAGGAACACCGCCGGCAACUACCGCGAAGUCCCCGACAAACGGGACAGGAACUGGAAAUUUCAAUGCGACGUCUGCGGUCACAAAGUCCGCCGCUGGGACGAAUUCCAUCGCCACAUUACGAUGGGGACUGGAAGAAAAGGAUUCACGGUCAUGCGGGCCAAACCACCUAAUGAAAUGACAUGGUAUGGGGUGGACAAGAAUGGGAGCAAAUACUCGGGCAAUAUCAUCGUUGCGAGCCCGACGGAGUCUCGCUACGACUCACGUAUGAACAUUCAAAAUCCGUGUAGAGAUCGCAUCCGGGAGUUUGUCCAAAAAAGGAAGGCUGUCAAAGAACAGAAAGAUAAGGCCAUCCAGCAGAUGCAUGGAAGCGGAGGCGGCACAGGAUCGACAGGGGGGUGA